CCAGCCCUCCCUCUCUCUUCUGCCAAGAAACCUCUGUCACCUGCCCUCACAGGAGCUCGAGAAGCUGCACUGGAAGGAAGGGGCAGAGAGAUUAUUUGCUUUUAUUUUAUUUUUUUAGAUUGGAGGGAUAGGGUGGGUUCCUGUCAAACUCUUCACCUGACAGAUUGGGGUAGUGGAGCUGUGAUCCCAGCCAAAGCACUUUGCUGCGGAAAGUGGAAGGGGUCUUGGUCUUGGUGGAGAAUGGCAGCAGGAGUGAACUAGGAGGGCACUGAUAACUGCGUGAAGACGUGAAGGAGACCAGAAAACUGAAAGACACAACAGUGGGUUCUCAGCAGCGCUGCGUGUCCUGAGAGCAAUAUGAGUCUCAAGGGAUCUAUCAGCAGCAACUCUGGCUCUGCAAAUGGCAGCAUGGGCAAAGCAGAUGGAGCUUCCAAACUGAGUGCAAAAGAUUUAUAUGAGCAAAGGAAAAAAUACUCCAACUCCAAUGUCAUCAUGCAUGAGACUUCACAGUACCAUGUACAGCACUUAGCCACAUUCAUCAUGGAUAAGAGUGAGUCCAUCAUAACAGUGGACGAUGCCGUCCGGAAACUGAUGUUGCUUAAUUCUAAAGAGAAGAUCUGGACCCAGGAGAUGCUGCUGCAGGUGAACGACAAGUCCAUCCGGCUGCUGGACUGUGAGUCACAGGAGGAGCUAGAGGACUUCCCUCUCCCAACUGUCCAGCACUGCCAAACAGUGCUGAAUCAGAUGCGGUAUUCCUCCAUCCUUCUGCUGGUGUGUCAGGACUCUGAGCAGCACAAGCCUGACAUUCACUUCUUCAACUGCGAUGAGGUUGAGGCGGAGAUGGUCCAUGAGGACAUAGAAAGUGCGCUUGCAGACCACAAGCAUGGAAAGAAGAUACGGCCGCAGACACUCAAGGUAAACCAAGAGAAAAUAAAGCAGAGACAAUCAAUUCUCCCACCGCCCCAGGGACCAGCGCCUAUUCCAAUCCAGCAUGAGAUGCGAGGCUCGCCAAGGAACCGGGUGGCUGCCCCAUCCCAGCAUAAUGAACCAGAAUAUGACCGACGAAGCUCCACUUCCCAGGACCACGAAGAAUCCCGAGCAAUCUUAGCACAGAAGAUCGAAAAAGAAACGCAAACCCUGAAUUGCACUCUGGAUGACAUUGAAGUGUUUGUUGCCAGGCUUCAGAAAGCAGCAGAGGCAUUCAAACAGCUGAACCAAAGGAAAAAAGGAAAGAAGAGCAAAAAGAAAGGGCCAGCAGAGGGAGUACUGACACUUCGAGCAAGACCUCCAAAUGAGGCCGAAUUCAUCGACUGCUUCCAGAAAACCAAACUGGCUCUCAACCUUCUGGCCAAGCUGAGAAAGCACAUCCAGAACCCCAGUGCUUCAGAACUAGUGCAUUUCCUGUUUGGGCCGCUGGAACUGAUUGUCAAUACCUGUGGAGGCCCUGACCUUGCCAGGUCAGUCCUUAGCCCACUUCUAGCUAAAGACACCACAGAUUUCCUGAAGACACACCUGACACCAAAAGAGAUGACACUCUGGGAGUCCCUAGGAGAGACAUGGACGAGAUCCAGGGCGGAAUGGCCUCGAGAAGCCAAUGUCCCAAGCUACAUCCCGAAGUUCCGCAACGGAUGGGAGCCCCCUGUGGAAAUCUUUCGUGGAGCCCCUUGGGAAAUAGACAUUGGACACCUACAAGAAGAGCUAUCAUCAGCCAAUGGAUACCCCUAUCGUAACUCCUCGCUCAAGUGUCGCCAGUCAGCUGAUGCAAUGCAAGCUGUGGAUGCCUUUAAACAGGGUGUUACUCAACAUGUAAAUAGGAAUUUUGAGGCACAGGGGAUGGCUGCACCAAAGAGAUAUGCCAAAAUCCGCUAUGAUUUCACUGCUCGAAAUGCCAAUGAACUCUCUGUGAUGAAGGAUGAAAUCCUGGAGGUCUUGGAAGAUGAUAAGCAGUGGUGGAGGUUGCUAAACCGCAGUGGGCAGGCUGGCUAUGUCCCAUAUAACAUCCUGGAUGUGGUGAAACUGGAAGAUAUGGAAGAGCUCUCUAAUCAGUCUAAUCUGAAGUACAAAGGAGACUUGAGUCCAAGGGGAAUUGGGCCCUCCAGUCCUACUCACAAGCUACCUGUCAGCUAUGCUGGUGAUAAGUGGGGAAGUGAAAUGUUAGCCCGGAACUCUUCUCCAGAUGCCAAAGAACAAAUGAUUCACCAUAUGGAUGAGGUGAAUGAUGAGCUACUAAAGAAGAUUACAAAUAUUAAAAUCCAGCCUCCCCAGAGACACUUCAGAGUGGAGAAGAGUCAACAAGCUCUCGUGCCCCUAACAUUCGAGUCCAGCGCUGAAGAAGUCAAAGCUUGGCUGGAAGCAAAAUCAUUCAGCAAAGGGACUGUUGAACACCUUGGCAUACUGACUGGAGCCCAGCUUUUCUCCCUGAACAGGGAUGAGCUGAAGAAAGUGUGUGGAGAAGAAGGAGCGAGGGUGUAUAGUAAAAUUACAGUGGAAAAAACGUUCCUGGAGAAAAGCAGAGGGGAGUCAGAGCUUCAGGAAAUUAUGAAACGCCGCCAGGAGAGAAUUGAUUCUGGAAUUUAAAGUUCUAUCUGCUUUCUUCAGCUAUUAGUCCUAGUAGUACAGAAAAAGGGAAUAAGAGCAAUGAGCCCUGACCCAGACAAGAGAUGACAGAGAUCAACCACCUUGCAGUGUAACUGCCAUCAAAGCAACACUUCCAUGGACACUGUUAUUAAGGAGGAUACUCACUCACCAAGAUCCUAUCUCAUUGGGAGAGAAAUUUUAGUAUUGCAUGAAGUAUUAUUUUUAUAUCUAUAUAUUUUAUACUGAAAUGUUAUGUGCAUGCAGUUCAGAACGUUAGCAGGAUCAAGAGUCAUUCAUGUGAUCCUGAAUGUAACAGCACAAGGCUGGAUUUCAGCAAGCAAUGCACCCUCAGAGCCUAUGAUGUACUUACUGCUGUAUGGUCUGAUAAGAAGAGGGCAACUAGAAAUAAUGCUCAGAACAAGCAAUGCUUAGAGUAUCUGUACCAGACUAGUAGAAGACUACAUGCCCUUCCCCCUUACACACACUUCUUCUCUUUCCCCACACUGUCUUUUGUGACAGAUGUAUUAAGCAAUGUAUCCUAUCCAGUGGCAAUUAUGUUUCCUUCUUCUGUUCCACCCCCGUGUCUUUUCAAAGUCUUAAAAUAUUUUAAAUAAGGACUGGGCCUGUUAUUACAUGACUUUACUGUGUAAUGCAACUAUUGUAGGCUGGGACCUCCUCUUUAAGCACACACACACACUGGGCUGUUGCUAUCUUUGAGAAGCAGACAAGGGCUUUAACUAGCAAGAUCAGAACAAGUACCAACCUGAAAUUAUUUGAAAUCUCCAACUGGCAAGUCCUGUCUGACUGCAUCAGUCUACACAGUGGAUAGUCACGGAUAAGACCUUAAGGGAUCUUCAGCAAUAACUAAGCACUGCUCCCCUACUGGCAAACUGCAGUGCUGCCAAACCCAAGACUUCACCAAUCGGAAGUUAAGCCUAUAAAACAUGCUCCUGACCCAAAACACACACAACACUCUUCCCAACGUAUGCACUCACAGGCCCUGCUCUAAAGUUAUUAUAACAAUCUUGUAAAUAGCAAUCUGAACAGUAAACAUCUAGGAAGUUUAAUGCAAGUGGAAAAGGCCAUAUAAUAUGCUGUUUAAAAAUGAAAAAUAUUUUGAAAACAAGUCUGAAAACCUACUUAAUCGGGUCAGUGCCUUUGUUAAUAUGUCAAUUCUGUUUUUCCUAACCAUUAUAAACACAUACAUCAUCUACAGUGUUCAAGAUUUAAGCAUGAAGACAUGAUGCCUAGUGAAAGUAAUGAUAUCAUCUGGUAAUUGUGCAGUUGUAAUUUACACUCAAAAAGUCGGAACAAGUAUAGCAGGGGUGGCCAACCCGCAGCUCCAGAGUCUCUUCAGAAGUUAAUAUGCAUCUCCUUGAAUCUUUGCACAAGCACACAGUGAUCAGCUUCCUCAGCCGUUACGUCACAUCACGUGACAUGACCACUUGCAGCAAGCACAUUACUCAGUUUAGACUC